AUCAGCCCCACAACCAACCACAUGUGGAGAGUCAGAGGAUGUAGGAAGACGGCAUGACUAUCUACAUGUCGGAGAGUGAUUUGGAUGAACAGCUUCUGGGACAUGCAGAGGGUACAUUGAGUGAGAACUUGUGGGAAGACGGCAUGUCCAUCUACAUGUCGGAGAGUGAUCUGGACCAACAACUGCAGCUUCUGGGGCACGAUGAGGGUUCGUUGAGUCAGAACAUGAGUGAAGACGGCAUGACCAACUACACGUCAGAGAGUGAUGGUUGGACCAUCUACAUGUCGGAGAGUGAUCUGGACGAACAACUGCAGUUUCUAGGACAUGCUGAGGGUUUCUUGAGUCAGAACUUGUGGGAAGACGGCAUGACCAUUUACAUGUCGGAGAGUGAUCUUGACGAACAGCUGCAGCUGUUAGGACAGACUGAGAGUUCCUUGAGUGAGAACUUGUGGGAAGACGGCAUGACCAUUUACAUGUCGGAGAGUGAUCUGGACAAACAACUGCAGCUUCUGGGGCAUGAUGAGGUUCCCAUGCUGUAUGAGAGUGACAAUAUCUACCAUCCAGUCACAAAGAAAGCUACCAGACUGUCCAGGUACGACCUACAUCACGGGCCAGAUCACGACGCUCGCUCACCAAGUCGUCCUCUGAUUCGUAGUCGUGGUGACAGCAAGGGAAGGAUCGUUUUGGAUUGGUGUUUGUUGGAAGCAUCCUUGCUUGUGUACACCACAGCUGGUGCAGGGCACCAGAGGAAAGAAGUUCACAAGACAACCCGAAAGAGAAGACUGCAGCAGACAUCUAUGUACAUUAAGCAGCCGUUCAGUGGUGUCGUUUUUGAGAAAGUUUGUUUCACCUACAUCUGCUGCUCCUGUUGGCUUCUUCUCAUGGGUUUACCAAGUCUUUUUACCCUUGUGUUUGGGUUACAAAAGUUUGGUAAGUGUGUGGGAAAAAGCUGGCAGGGGCAGCAACACUGGCAACCUCCCACAUGACAGAAAACAGGUCCUACAUCAUCCUAGUUAGGCAUUGCAAGAUGGAGGACAUGUUUUCUGUUGUGUUGGAGGUUGCCAUGGUUACUGACAACCAGACUAUGGUUGCCAGGUAACCCAGUAGCUGCCCCUUUUUGUGUGCACCUACAUCAUGUAUCGGUGUGAAGCUCAACAAUCUGUCCACAUGUUCUACAUUUCAUCAACAUACAUAAAUACAUUGGCUUCACACUGGUAGGUACACUGAAAAUAUUGUUCUGAUAGAUGUAGUCAUAUUAUAGUUUUCAAUAUCUUUAAUAUUACACACCCUAUGUACUCCAAUGUGAAGAGCACAACCACUACUUUGUCAGGAGAGACUACAUUGUAAAUUUUCUCGAGGGUUUGUAAUUUCAUACCCAUAUUUGCCAGUUUGUAGAAAGAAUAAAACUAAAAUCCAAGGACAUUAAACAUUUUGUACCACUACAUAGUAGU